AUGCACAUUCAUUUAUUUUUAAUACUUCAUUCAUUCAUAUCUACAUGUUAUGGAAACCUUGCUCAUGAUCUGGUUGGUGUUACAAAAUUAGGAGUUGAACCUGAUACUCAUGAAGCUGCUGAAACUUUAAUGAUGAUAUCUGAACAUCAAGGAAAUCGUCAAGAAUCAAUUAUGAAACCAAUCAGUAUACCUCAAAGUUCUCAAUCAAGUCAUGAAGUUUUAUCUGAUACUACACCUUUUGAAAACUUUCGAAAAUCUCCAUCUUUCAAAGAUAAUCUGAUUAACAAAGAAAUCCUCACUUCAACUGAUCCUUCACCUAGGUUCUCGAUAGCCACUCAAGAAUCUAGAACAUCUUCUUUAAAUAAGUUUCAUCAUUCCCCUGCGACCACUGAAGAUGAAUCUACCCCGCGCUCAUCAAUCGAUACUCUCUCAGAGAUCAGAGGAGAGUUUGGCACACCUGAUGAGCUCAGAGAAAAUCGUCAGUAUUGGCAAGGUAGACGGACUCAAUCACCGAAAAGUCCAAGGAAAAGACCUUGGGGAGCCGAUUUCUUAACAGAAACCAAUGAAGCUCCUGCCACCAAGGUUAGGAAAAUAGUAGUCCCAGAGGGUUAUGCGCCGCUAAACACAGAAAAGGUUCUGGAGCUUUUUUCAAAUGGAGCUACGAAGGAACUUGGCUCACUCACCACAGUCAAGGAACAAUUGAGCCCCGGCCUACUCGCCAAAUAUCUUCAAAAAGGUAGCGGAGGUUCAGAUUAUUUCACUAGCACAGCUCCACAGAGAGAAUUUAUUAGUCUAGGUAUAUCAGUUCCAGCAAUGGAAGAAAGAACAAAUGUCAAGAAAUUUUUAAAAUUUGUGGCACUAGGAAACAAAAAACAAAAAAUUACUGAGGUAUCCAUCAAAGGUUUUCAUCAACGAGCAAGGGAGAGCGCAGUAGAUUGGCAACUACUUUUGAGUUUAGAAAACCAAGCGAAAUUCAAAUUUGAAGGAAUGUUAAAAGCUUUAUCGGAUUGGAACCCUCAAUGGACAAAUGAACAAAGUCUUGAAAGAUUAAAUAAUAUAAAAACUUAUAUUGAAAGUCAUUCUAAUUUAAAGGCUGAUUUUAUCACUCCUAGUGUUAUUCAGAGCACUCAAAAAUGGGAAAAUGGUUUUGACUCUUUUGGUUCUGGUUUUGUCUUGUAUAUAGGAGGUUACAUCAAGUUCCUAGAACCGUUUAAAGCUUUAAGCACAGAUUCAAAAUUCACAGACCCAAACAUUGCCCUCUUCUUACGUCACACGGUUAAAAUGUUGGAUAAAGAUAGCUUAGUCAAGAUCCAAGAAUUAUCCAAAGAUUUAGAUGAUAUAUCGAGUUUCGCACGAGUUUCUGGUUCUCGAUUUUUGGAGAACACUGGGUCUUUAGGAAAAGGUUCGAUUAGGAAAUCAGAUGAUCAACGAAUUUUAAACUUUUACCAGGAGUACGCUGAAGGUUCAAGGUGGUUAUUAAAAACUCAGUUUUCCAAAGAUAGCUUAAGCAAAGCUGUGGAAGCAAGGGUAGAGGAGUUGAAAAUUCUCAAUCAUUAG